AUGUCGCCACCGGAAUCAAAGUCGAGUCCGCACGAAGCAGGCCGCAUUCGAUCCAGUCGAGCUUGUAAGCAUUGCUCCCGUCGCAAAGUCAAGUGCGACGGUAUGCAGCCAUGCAGCAAGUGCUUGAAAGAGUCCAUCGUCUGCGAAUACGGUGUCCAGAACAAGCGUGGUCCACCAAAAGGUUGCGAUCCAAGAGGCGGUCGCAAAAGGAAGGCCAAAGAUCUAUCGUACGAUGUCCCACUCUCGUCCUCAGCCACUCCUAUGCCGUCGCGAGCAUCGCCGUCAUCCAACGGAUUUGGGUCCACUCUUUCCGGCAUCGAGUCACCUCGUCGUACAAUCAAUAAUGAACACCCUCCCGAACCGCACGUUCAACCUCACGCUCAGUCUUCUGACUCAAGAACAUCCUCCGAUGCACAUUACGCUGCGCGGGACAGGACUCCGUCGGCUUCCUAUCAUGCGCCACAUGACCCUCCCAUGACACGGCCGCGGUCGCCACCCCACUUGCAGUCACAUCUGCAGCCAUCAAUACCACCAGAUCGUCAAAAUACUGGUCACGCUUGGUUGCCGUCUGCCCCCGGAACUCGCAACGCUCAUCCUCACCCCUCGUCUGCACCCUAUCAGUUCGAUGCUUAUCCUCUUCAGAGACCCGGGCGCGACCAUCAUCGCACCUCGCCUCAAGCAUUGCAUCACCUCAUGCCGUCCGCUCACGCUUCCGCCAUCGAGUCCGGGUCGCAGCUUAUGCAAGAUCGCACAGCGUCCGGCUCGCCGCUCGCUCGAUCAACCGCCUCAUUUCCGUCGCAGGCAUAUUCCACAUCACGCUUGCAUUCCAGUGGCCAACACCACGAAGCUCCUACCGCCCACCAUCCGCCUGCAACCUCCCUCUAUGACCGCAUCUCGACUCUGUCCUCAUCAUCCACCCUCUCGAGUCGUCAUCCGGUAUCGGCAAGCAGAUUCGCAGAGCCCUCCCUCGUCACGCCACCUUCGACGGCUCAUGGUGCCUCAUCCGCGCGUCACCAAGCCUUCGAAUCGUCUGACGCUUUCACCUCCACCUCAAACGAUCGCAGCCCGGCCUCGACCGGGAUGCCCCAACGAAGCUGGUACAACGGCUCGCGCCCAUCUUCGCCGCGCGGCCCUCUGUCCUCCUUCUCCCGCUCCCAAGUCUCGUCUCCAGGCUCUCAUUGGCUCGACCACCAAGGCCGUCCUAGCUCCGGCGCUGCUGAUCGUUUGCAGACCUCUUCGUCCCACAAGAUGCAUCUCGAGGAUCGUCUGCCGCCUCACAUCACCCAGCGCCUCCUCGAUAUCUACCAGACCUUUGUGCACCCACACUGGCCCAUCAUAUAUCUACCUUCUUUCGCCUCUCUGCACUCGCUCAAGCAGUCACGUCCCAUCUUGUUCGAAGCAAUGCUCGCCGUUGCUUCCAACACCUUUGAUGCCUACCACGACUCGGCCUCCCAUGGUGAUCAGCAGAGCUCCAACCCCGUCUUGGAGAUGCUGUACGCCGAUUCGCCUCAAUCGUCCGAGCAAGCGUAUAAUGCGAACGAGCUGCGUGACCACCUUGUCCACCGCGUCAAGACUCGCAUCUUGGAAGGCAAGUUCACUCAGGAUAUCGGUACCAUCCAAGCUGCCAUCCUCAUUGCCGUCAUUGAACUCGGAUGUGGCGACACUUCGAGCGCUUUCCACUUUGGCGGCAUUGCUUGUCGAAUGGCCCUCGACAUGAACCUUCAUCGCUGUACCACCCAGCCUUCGUCCUCCGCUUCUCAUGCAAGUCAUCACACCAAGGUUGUCGAUGGCAGAGACCAAUCGCCACAGUCCUCCGCGCAGGCGCAAGAACGAUUGCGAGUGUUCUGGGCUUGCUACAUUGUUGAUAAGAUCCUUUCGACCGCGCUCGACAAGCCUGCUCAGCUGCGUAGCGCAGAAGUCGAGGCAGAUUGGCCAUCUGUUCAGGAAGCUGACGAAUACGACGUUUGGCUCAACGAGACCACGCGCAAGUUUGUCGACAAAGCUCAGCUGCCUUACCUCGAGGGCGUCAAAGUGCACGCCCUCAGCAGCUUCAAAGCCUGGGCCGAGGUCAUGUCCAUCCUCGAGCGCAUUCUCGAGCAAGUCUAUAGUCCUCAGGCGAAACGUGAUCGUCGCCGUACUGGAGGGACAUCUGACUGUCAGGCGUUGCUUGCCCUCAACGAGCGGUUGAACAACUGGCGCGCCAGUCUGCCCGAACACCUCAAAUGGUCGGGCACCUGGCUCUCGUCCGAGCUUCUUUCUUCCGGGCCGGAUCCUCGCGGGUCCGCUGAUCGCAAGGAAGGCGAGGCGCAUCGAGGCCUGCCGCCGCAAAUUCUCACCAUGCGAUCAUGGUAUUGCAUUUGCUUAAUCCUGUUGCAUCGUCCACGUGUGCCAAGACUCAAAGACUCGACUCAAUCUCAGAGAGCAAGAUGCGCUUCCGACGAGCCCGCGUCCAUUGCAGUCGACGACGAGAGGAUUACGAGCGCGGUCAAGGCAGAGGUUCGGUCCUCUUUGGCUGCUCAGGAUGAUACGCCUGAACCAGCUGGCCUCGACAUCUGCAAUGCAGCGGCAAAAGAAGUUUGCGACAUCUUGCACGUAUAUGGUUCUUCGUUCCGCAUCCGCAAGAUUUCGAGCAGUUGGGUGUACAUCAUCUUCCAAGCCGCAACCAUCCAUGCCGCCUUGGCCGCCAGCAAGAGCGUCGUGGUCUUCAAAGCUCGCCAGUCGUCUGUCUGGAAUCGAAGAGAUUCCAGGCCAUUGGACAAUGCGAUGUCACCUCCUGGCCGGGGCGACGACGUUGAUGCACGUGCCGGCGUUGGCGAUUCUGAGUCACACCGCGUGACCGAAGCAGAGCUGGAAGGUUCUUCAGAGCUGGUCAAGACUAGCGCUAGGUAUCUCGCACAAUGUGUUCGCUAUCUCAAACGUAUUGGACCGACGUGGCAGAGUGCAUCGCAUCAUGUUGCUGUACUACGCAAUUUGUGCAUUGCGAGCGCUCAAGCCAGGCGGAGCCCAUCGAGCCCUUCGACGGCGCAACACUUCAUUACUAACUCGGACGUACAUCGAACAACGUCAUUCCCCUCGGGUGCCGGCGUCAAGCUUGAGCACCAAGGCAAUGGCUCAGCUGAUACGCAGUCGCAGAUCUCCCCGGCUCACCAUGACUCUGGCUUCUCGUCCAACCUGGACAGAGAAGGGCACGCCCAGCACCAGCGCCUACGCUCGACUCACCCGGACAACCAGCAGGUAUACCACGACCACGAUUUGGGCAACGGAGCGAUGUCCUUGAACGGUACUUUUCCCUCCAAUCCAUCUGACUUUAACAUGGCAGAUCCUCACUCAAUACAACCGCCACAGGCGCCAUACGCAUCAAACCCUGUAUACGCUACCCCCUCCGACCACGGUCAGCUGCUCGCGUCGCAGCAGCAGCAGCAGCAGCACAUGAUGCAACAAGCCAUGCACAUGAUCAAUGCCUACGAUUCCACCUUCUGGGCUUCCAUGCCCGUAGCUUCUGAAGGAUUCAACGAGUGGAACGAGUUCUUCAAGACCUUCAACCCGGGCGCCGUGACGGGAUUCUCCGGCCAGUUGGCGGAUUACCACCCGACGGCAGCGGUAGAUCUGAUCACGGCGUUGCAGGAUCCAAAUCGGUUGCUGGGUGGUGUACAGCAGCAGUGA